ACCGCCCCGGGGGGCGGAGCCGCCGUGAGGGCAGCCCGGGCAAGAUGGCGGCGGCGCUGAGGGGCGGCGGGAGGGCGGUGGCGCGACAGGUGUUGCGGCUGGAGGCGCGCGGGCUCUGCACGAAGCCGAAGAAACCAACCGGGACGGCGGCGCCGCCGAAGAACAAAGGUGAGAGCGUAUCUAGUACCAGCCUCGAGGAAGCUUCAAAACCUGCCGAAGACACGAGGAGGUUCACGUCAAGAAAAACUGUGGUUGCAUUUCCUCAGCGAGGAGUUGUUGCCUCCCCUGAGGAGGAAAACCUCACUGCACCUGCAACAGGAGGCUGGAGGAAAGAGUUAGUCGAGGAACAGACUUCGUCUUCAUCCAGCUCAGAGUCAGAUUCUAGCUCAGAUUCUGAGGAAGAAAACGAGGAUUCACGAGUGGCUGUUAAAACUAAAGUUGAGUUUCCUAAGCGAGAGCCCAUCUUUUCUGAGAACAUAGCAGUAAAGGCAUCAAUGCUAGCAAAAGAGAAUUUGUUCCAGAAAUCCCACAAAGAGUAUGGACUUAAGAAGCUGCCACGCCAACCGGAAAUAAUUGUGUCUCCUGUAAAGCAGGUCAAAUUUUCUAAAACAUCAGUCAGACAGGAAGCAUCAAAAUCCAAAGCAAGAGACCCCAAAGUGAAAUCCACUCCAAAAGCAGCAGAUUGGCAGAAGUUGGUCUUAGAACCAGGUGUGGUGGGAAGCCAGGACCAGACCGGUGUCACUCAUAAACCUGAUUAUUUGGAGGAAAAGUCCAUCGGAACCCAAGUAGCAGCAAUUCAGCUGAAAACUUCAGCAGCUACUCAGGAAGACAAAGAGCAAAAAGUGGUAUCCAGGGAAGAGAAGAGCAAGGUGAAGGAGGCACAGGAGUCAGAAGCAAAAGAAGUAACUGGUCCUGAAGUGGAAGAGACUUCUGGAAGCACAGUGUUGGUGAUGGGCACCACGGCAAAGGAGGAGACCGCUCAGGAAGCAGGAGCCCAGGCUGGAGAAAGCAGCACAACAGAGGAGACCAAAGCCCUUGGCGAGCCUGCUCCUGAGGAAAUGGAUAAUUCCACCUACAAGAACCUUCAGCACCACGAGUAUCACACUUACACCUUUGCUGAUUAUAUUACUGUUCUCUCAAAGUUCAGGCAGCCUCAGCCAUCUUCUGGAAGACCAUCACCAAGGCACUGAAAGAACCACAUGUCAAGCAAAUGCCCAGGCAGAAUGAUGAAUUCUUCUAUUUAGCACUGUUGUUUCAUCUGUAUAAUUUAAAUCAGAUAAUAAAUAAUAAAUAAAAGCAUAACAA